AUGGUGGAUGAGGGCCUUGGCCAUGCCUGGCCCAACGCAUGCAAUCAGCCCAGCAACAACCACCAAGCCACAGCAGAGGAACUGACCUUCGAAGACGUUGCUGUGGUUUUCACCAAGGAGGAGCAGGGGCUGCUGGACACUGCACAAAGGAAGCUGUACCAAGAUGUGAUGCUGGAGAACUUCAGGAACCUUCUCUCAGUGGGGCAUCAACCAUUCAAGCAUGAUGUGUUCCAUACAGAAAAGGAAGAAAGGCUUGAUAGGAUGAAGACACCAACCCAAAGACAAGGGAGAUCAGCAGACAAGAUCCAAAGUGAGACGGAGACUGUCCCAGAUGCAGGACCACAUGAAGAACUUUCCUUCAGGCAAAUCUGGCAACAAAUCACAAGUGACUUAACCAGAUCUCAAGACGCCAUGACAAAUAGCUCUCAGUUCCCCAAGCAAGGUGAUUCACCCUGCCAGCUUGGGACAGGACUGUCUAUAACUCCCACAGGCCAGAAAUUUUACCAGUGUAAUGAGUGUAAAAAAUCCUUCAGUGAUAUCUCCAGUGUUGAUCUUCAUCAACAGUUACAUUCAGGAGAGAAGUCUCAUACAUGUUGUGAAUGUGGAAAAAGCUUCUGUUAUAGUUCAGCUCUUCGUAUCCAUCAGAGAGUUCACAUGGGAGAGAAAUGCUAUAAGUGUGAUAUGUGUGGUAAGGAAUUCAGUCAGAGCUCACGUUUGCAAACUCAUCAGAAAGUCCACACUGUAGAGAAACCAUUCAAAUGUGAGCAGUGCGGGAAAGGCUUCAGUCGUAGAUCAACACUUACUGUUCAUUGCAGAUUACACACAGGAGAGAAACCUUACAAUUGUGGGGAAUGUGGGAGGGCCUUCAUUCAUGCUUCUCAUCUUCAGGAACAUCAGAGAAUCCACACUGGGGAGAAACCAUUCAAAUGUGAUACAUGUGGUAAGAAUUUUCGUCGCAGAUCAGCACUUAAUAAUCAUUGCAUGGUCCACACAGGAGAGAAACCAUACAAAUGUGAGGACUGUGGGAGGUGUUUCACUUGUAGCUCAAAUCUUCGUAUCCAUCAGAGGGUCCACACAGGAGAGAAACCAUAUAAGUGUGAAGAAUGUGGUAAGUGCUUUAUUCAGCCUUCACAAUUUCAGGCCCAUCGGAGAAUCCACACUGGAGAGAAACCAUAUCUGUGCAAAGUUUGUGGUAAGGGUUUUAUUUACAGUUCAAGUUUUCAGGCCCAUCAGGGAGUACACACUGGAGAGAAGCCAUACAAAUGCGAUGAGUGUGGAAAGAGCUUUAGGAUGAAAAUUCAUUAUCAAGUUCAUCUGGUGGUUCACACAGGAGAGAAACCCUACAAGUGUGAGGUAUGUGGGAAAGCCUUCCGUCAGAGUUCAUAUCUUAAAAUCCAUCUGAAAGCACACAGUGUAGAGAAACCUUAUAAGUGUGAGGGGUGUGGGCAAGGCUUCAAUCAGAUUUCACGACUUCAGAUUCACCAGCUGAUCCAUACGGGUGAGAAACCGUACAAAUGUGAAGAGUGUGGAAAGGGAUUCAGUCGUAGAGCAGAUCUUAAAAUUCAUUUUAGGAUCCACACAGGAGAGAAACCAUAUAAUUGUGAGGAGUGUGGGAAGGUCUUCAGUCAGGCCUCACAUCUUCUGACCCAUCAGAGAGUCCACAGUGGAGAAAAGCCAUUCAGAUGUGAAGAGUGUGGGAAGAGCUUUGGUCGGAGUGCACACCUUCAAGCCCAUCAAAAAGUUCACACUGGAGAAAAGCCUUACAAAUGUGAGGAGUGUGGGAAGGGCUUCAAGUGGAGCUUGAAUCUUGACAUGCACCAGAGGGUCCACACGGGAGAGAAACCAUAUAUGUGUGGGGAGUGUGGGAAGCGCUUCAGCCAAGCCUCAAGUCUUCAACUUCAUCAGAGUGUCCACACUGGAGAGAAACCGUACAAAUGCGAUGUGUGUGGUAAAGUCUUCAGUCGGUCUUCACAACUGCAAUAUCAUAGUCGAGUUCACACAGGGGAGAAACCUUACAAAUGUGAGGUAUGUGCUAAGAGCUUCAGCUGGAGAUCAAACCUUGUAAGUCAUCACAAAAUUCAUGCUGGGGAUACAGUUUAUGAAAGUGAUGAGAGUGAUAAGAACAGAGAAUUGUCAGAGGAAGGAGGUUCUACAAAUUCAUAUUUUAAAAAAAAUUCAUGUUCAACCUGAAUUCUUGUGAUCAUCAGGUUUAAUAGGGGAGAAUGUAUUUGUUUUAUUUAAGUCAGUGUCUAACCAAUAGAUCAACAUAGCCCAGUGGUCCAGAGACCACAUAGCUGAGAACCUUGUUGGUAGUGCAGUAAGGGCUUCGGUCAGAACUUUGACAUUUAUCAGAUGUCACUUAGGAUAUAGGGCUUAGAAAGGAAAAGUGUUUAGACUUGACUUUAACAAAAGUAUAGUGAUGGGCAUGCCACAAUUGAUGUCCACUAGACUGUAAGCUCCAUGGGGGCAGGCACUUUGCUGUUGAAUCUAUACAACCUUAACACUGACUGGUGCUUAUGGGUGUGCUCAGUACUUGUUUAAGUGGAUCAAAAGAAGAAAAUAUACAGUAUUUGAAUAUUGUAUCCAACGGAGGAAACCUGCAAAAUAAAAUUAUUCAGGGAAAUGGACAUUUGUUAAAAUGCAGAAAACCACUGGAGACUGCAAUUGCAAUAUUUUUUCUAAAUUUUAUUUAGUUUUCAUUGUA